AUGACUGAAGAAGCAGCAACAGAAUACUUGCAAAGUGAAGAAGAAAAAAGAGUCUACAAUAGUAUAAAGAAUGGGGAAUACUCUGAACGAAUCCCUUGUAAAAUACUCAAAAUAGCCAGAGAGGAAAUAAAAGAUGCAUUAAAAACAGAAAAGAGUAUACUGAAAAUGGAAAGGGUUCCAAGAAUUUUAGAUUGCAGUAUAUUUCAGGAGACAAACAAAAAAAGAGGCAUUCACAUAGAAACCGACGCAAUGUACAAAAAAACAGAUAACCUAUGGAUUGUGCUAGAUGAAUCAUCUGAGAAGGGCCAUUCUGCUACACUGGUUUUAAGCUAUGAAUACUUCACUCACAAUGAGCUAUUAAAAAAGGCAGGAAUAUGCGAAAAAGAGUACCAGUCUAGCUAUAAUAGAGUAGGGAGUAUAAUCCAUUUAAACUUAAAGGAGGAAUCACUAAAGCACAAAGAAAUUAUUGCAAAAACGCUUUUGAACAAAAUAAAAGACUGCAAAACUGUAAUAAGAAAAAAGUCUAAUAUCGAAAAUGUGUUCAGAAAUAUAGAAAUAGACCAUCUUCAAGGGGUUCCUUCAUAUAAAACAGUUCACAGAGAAAAUGGAUUAAAAUUUAGUAUAGAUUAUGAUAAAGUGUACUGGAACUCAAAGCUACAGAAAGAGAGGGAGGUUUUAAGCAAAGAAAUCCAUAAAAACCAGACUGUUUGUGAUAUGUUUUGUGGAGUGGGCCCGUUUUCGAUUCUUGCAUUAUAUAAAGGCGCCGAAGUGUGGGCAAACGACCUAAACCCAGCAAGCGUUGCUAAUUUUAAAGAAAGCAUUAUUCUCAACCGAAAGGCGCUUGGCCUUGAAGAAGUAGAGAGCGCCAUAUGGAAUGAAGAGCUUGAGGGCAAAGUGCAUCUUUACAAUCUAGAUGCCUACGAGUUUUUAAAAGAGGCAACGGAGGCAAGAAAAAAAAUGAAUGUAUCUCCCCGAUUUAACCACUACAUUCUAAACCUACCAGAGCUAACACUAACUUUUAUAAAGCACUUUGCAGCAUUGGAAAAAACCACAGAGCCACAUAAAUCUGGGCAUGCAACAGUACAUGCAUACUUCUUUAUUAGAACAGGAGAGUCUGCUACUGAGAAAAUAGAAAAAGAAAUGAACAGAAGAAUAAAAGGAACUGCAAGACUAGUUAGAAAGGUAUCACCAAGCAAAGAAAUGUGGGUUGUCUCGUUUACACUUUUACAGUAAUAAAAUUAUUGUCAUUUAAAUAU